ACCCGGAAGUGACGCACUGUUAGCUGCUAUUUACGAGCAUCUGCGUGCUGCGUAUUUGGAUUCAAUCACAAAUCUGCGUGUUUCACUGUUUUUAAUUCGUUUUUAAUCCCGGGUUUUUGGUGUAUUUUACGGGAGAUGGGAGUCCCCGCAUUUUUUCGCUGGUUGAGUCGCAAAUAUCCGUCGAUUAUUGUUCACUGUCUCGAGGAGAAGGCAAAAGAGUACAAUGGAGUUAAAAUCCCUGUUGACACCAGCAAACCUAACCCAAAUGAAGUGGAGUUUGACAACUUGUAUCUUGACAUGAACGGCAUUAUUCACCCCUGCACGCACCCUGAGGAUAAGCCAGCACCUAAAAACGAGGAUGAAAUGAUGGUUGCCAUUUUUGAAUACAUUGACCGACUUUUUAACAUAGUUCGACCGAGACGAGUUCUUUACAUGGCAAUCGACGGUGUGGCUCCUCGUGCCAAAAUGAACCAGCAGCGAUCAAGACGUUUCCGUGCGUCUAAAGAAGGCGUAGAGCUCACUGAAGAGAAAGAGAAAAUGCGAGAGGAAGUUAUUAAGAGAGGGGGUUACCUGCCGCCUGAAGAGAUUAAAGAGCGUUUUGACAGCAACUGUAUUACUCCAGGAACAGAAUUCAUGGAUAAUUUGGCCAAAUGUUUGCGCUACUACGUUGCAGACAGACUGACCAAUGACCCUGGAUGGCAUAGUGUCACAGUGUUUUUGUCAGAUGCAAGUGUUCCUGGAGAAGGAGAACAUAAGAUUAUGGAUUUCAUCAGAAGACAAAGAGCUCAGCCAAACCACGACCCAAACACACAUCACUGUCUCUGUGGAGCAGAUGCUGAUUUGAUUAUGUUGGGUUUGGCAACUCAUGAGCCUAACUUCACCAUUAUAAGAGAGGAGUUUAAACCCAAUAAACCCAGACCCUGUGCCCUGUGUGGACAGAUGGGCCAUGAGAUUAAGGACUGUCAGGGUGUGGCGAGAGAGAAACAGGGCGAGCACGAUGAAUUUGCAGACUCAAUUCCAGUGUCAGAGCAGGAGUUUAUCUUCAUUCGACUGUGCGUCUUACGAGAGUAUCUGGAGAGGGAGUUGACAAUGGCCAGCCUGCCGUUCCCCUAUGACUUUGAGCGGAGCGUGGAUGAUUGGGUGUUCAUGUGCUUCUUUGUGGGAAAUGACUUUCUGCCUCACUUACCGUCUCUUGAGAUCAGAGAGGGGGCCAUCGAUCGACUGGUUGGCAUCUACAAAGACGUUGUGCACAAGACUGGGGGCUACUUAACAGAGAAUGGCUUUGUGAAUCUGGAGCGGGUGGAGCUCAUAAUGCAGGCCGUCGGUGUGGCCGAGGACAACAUCUUCAAAAAACGCAAAGACGAUGACGAGAAUUUUAAAAGGAGAAUGAAGGACAAGAAGAAACGGAUGAAAGCAGAGCAGGGUCCAGCGUUUGUUCCCAGAGGUCAGUUUGCACCUCAGGCUCUGGGUGGCCGCGGCAGACCGAUGCCGGUACAGAAUGCCAGACAGACAGCGUAUGAGAUGAGAAUGCAAGGGAACCGAGAUCAACGUAACCAGGACGCAGCACAGUCUUUGAGGGCCAUGAUGAGAAAUGGAAAGACCCCAGCUGGACCCAGUAAUGACAUGGACGGUCGUGGUGUGAAACGAAAGGCAGAGGACAGUGACAGUGAACCGGAACCUGAAGAUAACGUCAGGUUAUGGGAGGAGGGCUGGAAACAGCGUUACUACAAAACAAAGUUUGAUGUGGACGAGACGGACGACGAGUUCAGGAAGAAAGUGGUUCAGUCGUACGUGGAGGGGCUGUGCUGGGUGCUUAGGUACUAUUAUCAGGGUUGUGCGUCCUGGAAGUGGUAUUUUCCAUUUCAUUAUGCACCAUUUGCCUCUGACUUCAAAGACAUCAAGGGGAUGUUCACCGAUUUUGAGAAAGGGACUAAACCGUUUAAGCCUCUGGAGCAGCUGAUGGGAGUUUUUCCUGCCGCCAGUGGAAACUUCUUGCCGACAACAUGGCGAGCGUUGAUGUCAAACCCUGAAUCUUCCAUCAUUGACUUUUACCCUGAUGAUUUUGCCAUUGAUUUAAAUGGGAAGAAGUACGCCUGGCAGGGUGUUGCUUUGCUGCCAUUUGUUGAUGAGCGGAGGUUACGGGCAGCGUUAGAGGACGUUUAUCCUGAUUUGACCUCGGAGGAGGAGCGGAGGAACAGUUUAGGAAGUGAUGUCAUGUUUGUGGGUAAGGCCCACCCACUCUGUGACUUCAUAUGGGAACUGUACCGUGCAGAAUCUCAUGAGGACACUGAGAUCCCUGCAGAAUUUUGCCAUGGAAUCCAAGGUAUAUUAAAUCUAGAUGAGGCCCCUAUUCUACCAGAUAAACCGGUGCAGUCGCCCAUCCCAACACUGAGAGACAUCGCCACCAAUUCUGCCAUUGGAAUCAAAUUCAGGGAUCCACAGUUUGCUGCUGAUUAUGUGUUCAAGGCUAUUGUGUUGCCAGGGGCAAAAAUCCCUAACAAGGUUUUGAAACCAGGAGACUGGGAGAGGAGUAACAGCGGCCAAUGGAGACCUCAACUUGGGUUCAACCCGAACCGUCAACAAGCUCACCUGGGCCAAUCAGGUUUCAGAGCGCUGAAUCACCACGUGAGCAGAAAUCAAGGUCCCGGUCUCUAUGGACCCGGUCCACCACACAGGAGUCAACAGGGCGGUCAGUUCAGCAAUACCCCACCUCCUCGACACUACGGUCAGGGAAACUAUGGUCAACCACACAGAGGCUCUUCAAACCAAUAUUCCAGUCAACCUGGGUUUAAUCGUCCUCCAACACCAGCAAACCCAGCACCAUAUUCAAGGUAUCAGCAGGGAUCUCACGGGUGGGAUCGAUCGAUGCAGUCUCAGGGUGCUGCACACCAGCAGAAUCUUCAGAGGGGCAGAGGAGGUUGGGGGCCGCCUCAUAAUCAACAUAACAGGAGAGGUGGACAGCAGGGGUUUAAUUCUGGACAGGAGUAUGCUUUACCUCCACCAUCCAGACGUUACAAGUGGAGCUGAACGCUUAUCUGAACGACUUCAGAAGUUAUUUUGUGUUGAAAACCACAUUGUCUUUUUUCUGGCACUCUAUUUGUUUGUAAAAGUUUUUUCUUAUUUUACUGACAGUGUUCUUACGGAGUGAUUUUUAAGAAUAUGCCUGUAAAACCUAUAAAAUACGCAGGUGACACAAGA